AUGGCUCCUCCCGAUACACGUGCUAAUCAGGAACCCAAGGCCAAUCUCACGGCCCCGGAGACUACCCCCAUCGCGCCUACCGACCAGCUUGGUCCAGAGACCGCUGCGGCCGCUAGUCCUGUCGCGCCGGACCUUUCUGCGCUCUUUAACGACGGGUUCCACCGUGGUAUGCCAGAGGACACCGACGCCGCUAAGAUGGCUUACGCCCUAUCGGCAAUGGAGGAUGCUCUCAAAACUCGUUGGAAUGAACUCAUGCGCGAGCUCCGCUCCAGGCUUGGUUCUACUCUUGAGGCGACGGAGGCCUACCUCGACGUUGCACUUACCGAUGAUCGUGAUGUGGAUAAGUAUCUCGCCGAUUUCACGACCAGGGAGGUUGGCUUUGACCUUGAACGCUUUCGAGCCCACUUUUACCUACGGGGUUUGCCUGACCACAUACGAUAUGCGGUCUUGAACAAUAUCACCCCAAAGGCGACCCGUGAAGAGAUUCACGAACGCACGAAGAUUGUGCAGGAGAGCUACGGCCGGGUGCUCGCCCGCCGCAAGUCUGAAGGCUGCGGAAAGGGAAACCUCACUCGCCCUGUCACUGUUCGGGAUGGAUGA